CGUAUUCAACGACAUCAACAUCGUGCGUAGAUCAUCAUCUCCCGCAGACCAUUCGCAAGAGGAUGACUAGCUCGAGGAUGACGGUCGAAUCGUUCGGAUUUCGUCAAAUUGGGCAUCGCGUCACCGUGCGUUUGUAGGCAUCCCCUUGAGCUUGAACAGCACUUCAUCGCAAUACAGGUAUCUGCAACUCAGUGGGAACGAUAUCCCACCCAGCCUUCCGCUCUCCCAUCGUCAUGUCACCCCUCAACCGUAACGUAUGAUAACAUGGGUCAGAACGGGGCUAUGUCAUCCCCUUGUUGGCACUAGUUGGUUGGCUGUGAGAGCCAAUGGCCAGUCGCCUUUGUGGCGUACGUCCUGCUUGCGACGCGUCAUGUACGCAUCUCCGUGUAGUAGUAGGACACUGGCUCUUAUCUUCCGUUCUCACAAUGUCGCCGCUGAUCAACGUAGCCGGCCAUCUCAGCGGGAUUGAGAUAGUAACAUUGACAAGGAUCA